CUUCCAUGUAUACCCCGCCAGCCGCUUCCUGCACGAUUAGAUAUACAUAUCCCAUCUACUAUUGAAAAUCACGUUUGUCAUUCUACAACAGAAAGACUCAAAUUGCCGAAGUUCUUCCAUCGGUUCAAAUCUCCAGAUCGGCUCUUAUUCUUGACUAAGUUAAGAUGUCAUAUGGCGGGGGUGGUGCAGAGGCACAUGCACGGCACAAACAGUAUGAGUACAGAUCCAAUUCAAGUCUUGUAUUAACUACUGAUAACCGUCCUCGUGACACCCAUGAGCCAACUGGUGAGCCUGAGACGCUUUGGGGGAGAAUUGAUCCUAAAGAAUUUGGUACUCGUGCCUACAAGGGAAAGCCUGCUGAGCUUGAGGAGAAAGUUAGAAAGGCAAAGAAGAAGGAGAGAGAACCACUUUCAUCAGAGCCUAUCCCCACUAGACAGAGCAAAAAGAGGCGCCUGCAGGAGGAAAGUGUGCUUACGGCCACAGAAGAGGGCGUUUAUCAACCAAAAACUAAAGAGACCAGGGCUGCAUAUGAGGUGAUGCUAAGUGUUAUCCAGCACCAGCUAGGAGGUCAGCCUCUUAAUAUUGUUAGCGGUGCUGCAGAUGAAAUUCUAGCUGUUUUGAAAAACGAGAACUUCAAAAACCCUGAGAAGAAGAAAGAGACCGAGAAGUUGCUGAAUCCAAUCCCCAGCAGCAUCUUUGAUCAUUUGGUGUCCCUUGGCAAGUGCAUAACUGAUUAUCAAGAAGGCAGUGAUGCAGUUGCUACUGCAACUGCCACUGGCGACGAAGCUCUUGAUGGUGAUGUUGGAGUGGCUGUAGAAUUCGAGGAGAAUGAGGAUGAUGAUGAUGAAAGUGAUCUUGAUCUAGUGCCGGAGGAUGAAGAUGAAGAUGAUGGACUGGAAGAGAAUGGUGCGAGCGCUAUGCAGAUGGGUGGUGGAAUCGAUGAUGAUGAGAUGCAGGAAGCUGACAAAGGCAUGACCUUGAAUGUUCAGGACAUUGAUGCUUACUGGCUACAAAGAAAGAUCUCUCAAGCUUAUGAUCAGAAAAUUGACCCACAGCAGAGCCAGAAGGUUGCAGAAGAUGUUCUUCGAAUCCUUGCUGAAGGUGAUGAUCGAGAAGCUGAGAACAAAUUACUGUUGCAUCUUGAUUAUGAUAGGUUCAAUCUGGUUAAAUAUCUGUUACGGAACAGGCUGAAGGUUGUGUGGUGCACUCGCUUGGCAAGAGCUGAAGACCAAGAGAUGAAGAAGACAAUUGAGGAAGAGAUGGCAGGGUUGGGGCCAGACCAUACUGCUAUUUUAGACCAGUUGCAUGCUACCAGGGCCAGUGCAAAAGAGCGACAGAAGAAUUUAGAGAAGAGCAUCAGAGAUGAGGCUCGUAGACUAAAGGAUGAGACUAGUGGGGAUGGUGAUCGGAGACAGAGAAUGAUUUCUGAUAGAGAUGGCGAGAGUGGUUGGUUGCAGGGGCAGAGACAGCUACUUGACCUUGAAAGCCUUGCAUUUAAUCAAGGUGGGCUGUUUAUGGCGAACAAGAAGUGUGAGCUUCCACGAGGAUCGUUUAGAAAUCAUAAGAAGGGGUAUGAAGAAGUCCAUGUCCCAUAUUUGAAGCCGAAGCCAUUGGGUGAAAAUGAGAAAUUUGUUAAAAUAUCUUCCAUGCCGGAGUGGGCGAGGCCGGCUUUCAAAGGGAUGACCCAGUUGAACAGAAUUCAAAGUAAAGUAUAUGAGACUGCACUCUUCACCCCAGAUAACAUUUUGUUGUGUGCUCCAACUGGAGCUGGCAAGACAAAUGUUGCCAUGCUCACUAUUCUUCAUCAGAUUGAAUUGCACAGGAAUACAGAUGGAUCUUACCAGCACAACAAAUACAAGAUAGUUUAUGUGGCACCAAUGAAGGCACUUGUUGCCGAAGUUGUUAGCAACUUGAGUAAUCGUCUGCAGGAAUAUGGCGUCAAUGUGAAAGAGUUGAGUGGAGAUCAAACAUUGACUCGGCAGCAAAUUGAAGAGACUCAAAUUAUUGUAACAACACCUGAGAAGUGGGAUAUUAUUACCCGAAAGUCAGGUGACCGCACCUACACACAACUUGUAAAGCUGCUUAUUAUUGAUGAAGUACAUCUCCUACAUGACAGCAGAGGUCCGGUGCUGGAAAGUAUUGUUGCGAGAACUGUGAGGCAAAUCGAAACAACUAAAGAGCAUAUUCGUCUGGUCGGCUUAUCUGCUACGCUUCCAAAUUAUGAGGAUGUGGCGGUGUUUCUGAAAGUUGAUCUGAAGAAAGGACUUUUUCAUUUUGACAACAGCUAUAGGCCUGUCCCCCUCGAUCAACAGUAUAUUGGAAUUACUGUUAAAAAGCCACUGCAGAGAUUUCAACUGAUGAAUGAUGUAUGCUAUGAGAAGGUAAUGGAUAAUGCUGGGAAGCAUCAAGUUCUUAUAUUCGUCCACUCAAGGAAGGAAACAGCCAAAACAGCUCGUGCCAUUCGUGAUACUGCCCUUGCUAAUGAUACUCUUGGUAAAUUUUUGAAAGAGGAUAGUGUAAGUCGUGAGAUUCUUCAAUCGCAAACAGAACUUGUCAAGAGCAAUGAUCUUAAAGAUCUGUUGGCGUAUGGCUUUGCAAUUCAUCAUGCAGGGAUGGCCAGGGCGGACCGUACAGUUGUUGAGGAGCUUUUUGGUGAUGGACAUAUUCAAGUUUUAGUAUCUACAGCAACUCUAGCUUGGGGUGUCAACUUACCUGCUCAUACAGUGAUAAUUAAAGGCACCCAGAUAUACAACCCUGAGAAGGGUGCUUGGACUGAACUGAGUCCCCUUGAUGUCAUGCAGAUGCUUGGUCGUGCUGGAAGGCCUCAAUUUGACACGGCUGGGGUGGGCAUAGUUAUAACUGGACACAGCGAGUUGCAGUAUUAUUUGUCUUUAAUGAAUCAGCAGCUUCCAAUUGAGAGUCAAUUCAUUUCCCAAUUGGCUGAUCAGAUGAAUGCUGAAAUUGUCCUUGGUACUGUGCAAAAUGCAAAAGAGGCUUGCAAGUGGCUCCUCUACACUUAUCUCUGUAUUCGCAUGGUUCGGAAUCCCUCUCUUUAUGGUCUGCCAGCUGACGCUCUUAAAAGUGACGUAAUACUAGAAGAAAGGCGAGCCGAUCUGGUUCAUUCUGCAGCUACACUGCUGGACAAAAAUAAUUUGAUCAAAUAUGACCGUAAAAGUGGAUAUUUCCAAGUCACAGACUUGGGUCGCAUUGCUAGCUAUUAUUACAUAACACAUGGAACAAUAUCUACAUACAAUGAACAUUUGAAGUCCACUAUGGGUGAUAUUGAGCUAUGUCGGCUGUUCUCUCUUAGUGAGGAAUUUAAAUAUGUUACGGUUCGGCAAGAUGAGAAGAUUGAAUUGGCAAAACUUCUAGAACGUGUUCCAAUUCCUGUCAAAGAGAGUAUUGAGGAGCCCAGUGCCAAGAUAAAUGUUCUACUCCAGGCCUAUAUUUCACAGUUGAAGCUUGAAGGACUGUCUUUAACAUCAGACAUGGUGUUCAUAACUCAGAGUGCUGCACGGCUCAUGCGUGCACUCUUUGAGAUUGUUCUUAAAAGAGGGUGGGCCCAGCUAGCUGAAAAGGCUUUGAAAUGGUGCAAAAUGAUUAGCAAGAGGAUGUGGAGCGUUCAGACUCCCCUUCGCCAGUUCCAUGGGAUUCCGAAUGAAAUCUUAAUGAAGCUGGAGAAACACAAUUUGGCAUGGGAAAGGUAUUAUGAUCUUUCAUCACAAGAAUUGGGGGAGGCCAUCCGCUUUCCGAAAAUGGGAAAAAUACUCCACAAGUAUGUUCAUCAGUUUCCAAAGCUUAACCUUGCUGCCCAUGUUCAACCUAUCACUCGCUCAGUCUUAAGGGUGGAACUCACAAUAACCCCAGAUUUCAUAUGGGAGGACAAAGUGCACGGAUAUGUGGAGCCUUUCUGGGUUCUUGUGGAAGACUGUGAUGGAGAGUAUAUACUUCAUCACGAGUACUUCAUGCUCAAAAAGCAAUACAGUGAUGAGGACCACACACUGCACUUCACUGUUAAAAUUUAUGAACCAUUGCCGCCACAAUACUUCAUUCAUGUGAUUUCUGAUAGGUGGCUAGGAUCUCACACUGUCUUGCCGGUUUCUUUCCGGCAUCUUAUUUUGCCAGAAAAGUAUCCUCCUCCAACUGAGCUAUUGGACUUGCAACCCCUUCCUGUGACUGCACUGAGAAAUCCUGCGUAUGAAGCCCUUUAUCAUGAAUUUAAGCAUUUCAAUCCGGUCCAGACUCAAGUCUUUACUGUUCUUUACAACUCAGAUGACAACGUAUUGGUUGCAGCACCAACUGGUAGUGGGAAGACCAUAUGUGCGGAGUUUGCUGUUUUGAGAAAUCACCAAAACGGAUCUGACAGUACCAUGCGUGCAGUGUAUAUAGCUCCAAUAGAAGCCCUUGCCAAAGAGCGUUAUAGUGAUUGGAAGAAGAAAUUCGGUGAGGGCCUAGGGAUGAGGGUCGUUGAACUCACUGGGGAGACUGCGACUGACCUAAAACUUCUUGAGAAGGGACAGGUUGUCAUUAGCACACCUGAGAAAUGGGAUGCUUUAUCUCGUCGAUGGAAGCAGCGGAAGCAUGUGCAGCAAGUGAGCCUUUUCAUAAUUGACGAGCUCCACCUGAUUGGGGGCCAGGGCGGUCCAGUCCUUGAAGUGAUUGUCUCCAGGAUGAGAUAUAUUGCAAGCCAGCUGGACAAAAAGAUCCGGAUUGUUGCUUUGUCGACUUCCCUGGCAAAUGCCAAGGAUUUGGGAGAAUGGAUUGGGGCUACUUCUCACGGUCUCUUCAACUUCCCUCCUGGUGUCAGGCCUGUUCCCCUUGAAAUACACAUUCAGGGUGUUGAUAUCUCCAACUUUGAGGCCAGGAUGCAAGCUAUGACGAAGCCCACUUAUACUGCGAUCGUCCAGCAUGCUAAAGGUGGCAAACCUGCCAUAGUCUAUGUCCCUACCAGAAAGCAUGCACGACUGACUGCUGUGGAUUUGAUGACGUACUCCAGCACAGACAGUGGAGAGAGACCACUGUUCUUAUCUCAGUCCGCGACUGAUCUUGAGCCCUUUGUUGAGAGUAUCAAGGAACCUAUGUUGAAAGAGACAUUGAAGUACGGGGUUGGUUACCUGCACGAGGGCUUGAACAGCAACGAUCAAGACAUUGUAAAAACACUGUUUGAGAACGGUUGGAUCCAAGUAUGUGUCAUGAGUGGUUCGAUGUGUUGGGGGGUACCCUUGUCUGCGCACUUGGUGGUGGUUAUGGGAACCCAGUACUAUGAUGGCAGGGAGAAUGCUCACACUGAUUACCCAGUCACUGAUCUGUUGCAGAUGAUGGGUCAUGCAACCCGGCCUCUUUUAGACAAUUCGGGUAAGUGCGUCAUUCUUUGCCAUGCACCACGGAAAGAUUACUACAUGAAGUUUUUGUUUGAAGCAAUUCCAGUAGAGAGCCAUUUGCAGCAUUAUCUCCAUGACAAUCUGAACUCUGAGGUAGUUUCUGGGGUCAUACAGAACAAGCAGGAUGCAGUCGAUUAUCUGACAUGGACAUUCAUGUACAGGAGGCUCACUCAGAACCCCAACUACUAUAAUCUACAGGGUGUUAGUCACAGGCACCUAUCAGAUCACCUCUCAGAGCUGGUUGAGAACACAUUGACUGAUCUGGAAGCAAGCAAAUGUGUUUCUAUUGAUGAUGACUACUUGCUCGCACCAAAUAAUCUCGGGAUGAUAGCAUCUUAUUACUACAUUAAUUAUACCACUAUAGAACGGUUCAGUUCUUCUUUGACACCCAAAACAAAGCUCAAGGGUUUACUGGAAAUUCUAACCUCGGCAUCGGAGUAUCAACAACUUCCUAUUCGACCUGGCGAAGAGGAAUUGAUAAGACGUUUGAUUAAUCACCAGCGCUUCUCUUUUGAGAAUCCCAAGUACUCAGACCCACAUGUCAAAGCAAAUGCUCUUCUGCAGGCCCACUUCUCUAGGCAGGUCGUAGGCGGAAACCUGGUUGCUGACCAACAAGAAGUGCUCCUCUCCGCUAACAGGCUUCUGCAGGCUCUGGUCGAUGUUAUUUCCAGCAAUGGCUGGCUCAACCUUGCAAUUCUUACAAUGGAGGUGAGCCAAAUGGUUACUCAGGCCAUGUGGGAACGUGAUUCAGUGUUACUCCAGCUCCCACAUUUCACAAAGGAGAUAGCAAAACGGUGCAAGGACAUUCCUGGAAAGAGCAUCGAGACAGUUUUUGAUUUGCUGGAGAUGGAAGACAGCGAGAGGCGUGACCUCUUGCAAAUGUCGGACUCGCAGCUGAUGGACAUUGCAAGGUUUUGCAACCGCUUUCCUAACAUAGAAAUGUCGUAUGAAGUUGUGGACAAGGAGAGUGUGAGUGCUGGGGGGGACGAGAUCAGUGUGCAGGUCACCCUUGAGCGGGACCUUGAGGGGAGAACAGACGUAGGACCCGUUUUUGCGCCAAGGUAUCCCAAGACGAAAGACGAGGGGUGGUGGCUUGUGGUCGGUGAUCCCAAAACUAACCAGCUGCUUGGCAUCAAAAGGGUCUCCCUCCAAAGGAAGUCAAGGGUCAAACUUGACUUCUCUGCUCCAGGCGAGCCUGGGAAGAAGUCAUACACGCUCUAUUUCAUGUGUGAUUCUUACAUGGGCUGUGACCAGGAGUAUACCUUCACUGUUGACGUGAAAGAAGCUGGGGCUGUUGAAUGAUACAGAAUUAGCAAACAGUAGUUAAUUUUGUACGGAAAAGUUGCACAACUGCUUGGAGUCAGUUUCUUGAUGAUUGUUCAAUUUUCCGUUUUCUUGCAUGUUCAUCUCCUCUAUCUGCAAAUGCGGUGAUGUCAUCUCUACCCUUUCAUUUAAUGACAUUUUUGUGAAUAUCAUAAUUUUCAAAACUUAUGUGUUAUUUUUAAUAACUGAAAAUUAGCAAUGAAUUUCUUCUCACAACAGUAUGUGUGCAUAGAAACACAGGUUUUGUUUAAAAA